AAAAACAAAACCCUAGCCUUCUAAACUCAAAACUCAGAUCCUUAAGCGCGCUCCAAGUCUCUCAAACUCUCAGAGAAUCAAAGAUCUUAAACGCGAAACACAAAAGGAUGGAAACACCAACAAAUUGUAGUUCUUCGGCUGCAUCUAAUUCAGAGUCGGUAGAAACAAUACCUGCAACAAAUUCUAGUGGUAAAGUUGUUGAUGUUGGCUGGCAAUUUGGAACAGUAGUCACUGGUAAAACUAACAAAGUCCGAUGCAAUUUGUGUGGUAGAGAAGUUUAUGGUGGUAUUAAUCGAUUGAAACAGCAUAUUGCUCGGAUUAGUGGUAAAGUUGUUGAUGUUGGCUGGCAGUCAUGGCCAGAUCUAAAGAUGCUGAUAAAUUUGAUAUAGUUGCUUGGUGGACUAAUUACGGAUCUGAGACGCCAAACUUACAGAAGAUGGCAUUAAAAAUAGUUUCUUUAACAUCAAGCUCAUCAGGAUGUGAAAGGAAUUGGAGUGCUUUUGAGGGAUUUCACACAAAAAAGAGAAACAGGUUAGAUGCUGAGAGAUUGAACAAUCUGGUCUAUGUUCAAUUUAAUGCAAAACUUGCAAAUAAAAAAUCAAAGAUGAAGGAUAAAUUUGACAUGCUAGUGGCCAGUGAUGCGAGUAAAGCUCAGGGAUGGAUCGUGGAAGGUGCAGAUGAUGAUGAGUUAUCUGAUGACUCCACUGUAACAGCUGAAGAGGGAAGCACAUUACCUACGGCUACUAGAAAGGCGUUUAGAGAACUUCACGAAGAAGAUUUUGAGUCUGACGAUGAAGAUAACGAUGAUGAUGUUAUAAUUGAGGAAGAAGAAGAUUAUGUUGAUCAGUGGUAAUGUAUUUGUAUUUUGCAGAACUGUAGAACUAGUAGUAAUCUUUUAUUAUUUGUAUGUACAAUGACUCAAUGAGCCAAUGACCGGUAAAUUAAUCUUUGCCAAUUAUUAUUUGUUUUGAA